AUGCAUUGGCCGUCAUCGCUGAAGAUCGACCAGGACUACCUGCUGAGUUCAGGUAGUUAUAUACAACGCCUUAAGAUGUACCCUUACUUUGACUUUGCACAUUAUGCACUGGUAAGCUUAUGAGCAUUAAGUCAUUUAUGAUUUGAUACAGCGAAUAAAAAAAAAAGUAUUUAGUUAGGUUUAUUAGAGAUUUUAGACUAAAAUUUGAAUAAAGUACAGUGGAAGUUUCUAAAAACAAAAUGUUGUAGAUGUGCUGCACAGUAAGAGACGACUUGGGAAUCAAUGCCACAGGCUUUUCGCGGCGACAUCCCUUAAGUUGCUGGUUGUCGUCGAUGGUGGUCUGUUUCGCUGGCAACUUCUUGGCCAAUUUCCUCUUGGGUGAACCUGUUGUGGCAACCUUCAAAAGACACGAUGAUGUUGUAUUGGUAAGAGUUUUUACUUUCUUUGGUUGAGUUUAGGUUCUUUUUCAAGGCACGAUUUUUGUAAUCAACACGAUAUAUUAGUGCUCCUAACACUACAUAAUGCUUUGUGGAGACUUUUUUAUUUUUUACGAAGAAAAAGCUCUAAAACUAUUAAUUUUUGAAAAAAGCUUAUUUUUAGGCGACUGUAGUUUGGUAUCUUGUCUUUUACUCUCCGUUUGACAUUGUCUACAAAUUGACCAAAGUGUUACCGAUCAAGAUCUUCCUGUGUGUGUUGAAAGAGACUCAAAGGACGUACAAAAUACAUCAUGGCGUCGCAUAUGCUGCUAAAUUAUACCCAAAUGCCUACAUCAUUCACGUUAUGAUAGGCACGGCAAAGGGCGCUGGAUCCGGGAUUAUUCGACUUUUCGAGCAGGUAUGGCGGGGUUAAUAGGGGGCGAUAAAAAUAAAAGUGAUUCUCUAAGAAUUCUCUUGGUACGGUCAAAAAGUGCGUAGAACGAGCUCGUUAUGAAGUUUUAUAUUACAUUUUAGGGCUUUAAUGAAGUUUUAAAGCCAAAAACAAGGUCUCUAACACAAUCUCGUUCUAGUUACUGCGCGGCGUGUGGGUCCCAGCCCAAAGCGAGAUCCUUCGCCCUACAUUCACGACAAAAGCGUGUGUGAUCGCCUCUCUCAUCUUCACGUUGGACAAAAGCUCAAUCUACAUCAACUUGCCACACGAAAUCACAUACCUCGGGCUGGUGCUCUUCUUUGUCUACUUCAAAUUAAGUGCAGUUCUGCUUCAUGUUAACGACCCUCUGGCACCGUUCGAGAAUCUGGUCUGCGCAAUCUUUAUGGGCGGCAUAUGGGACGCAUUGUCGAGGUAAGGGCGGAGUUUUACUGUGGUAAUUGAGGAUAAUAAGAUGGUUUGUGUUGAGAUUAAUUGAUAAUUUUCUGAAUUUUUUAGUAGUGUGGUCAAAAAAUGUGUGGAAAUGGGACAAAUCUAAUUUUUUUUUAUUUUUUAAAGAUUUAGUUCAAUUUUGAUCUCAACUGUAACGUGUUAUCAUUUUCAGAGCCAUUGUAACAUCGCGCGAACGAAAGUUCCAAACAGCAAAAGUGGAGAACGGAACGGUGCCAGCCGCGGACAAAAAGGACCAAUAA